AUGGGGAAGCUUGGUAAGAAGGCAAGAAAAUUUGCGAAGAAACAUCUUCAAUCUGUGCUGAGGAAUAGGCGAAAAACAAAGGCUUUAUUCAAGAAGAAAGCUCGCAAAGGCGCUCCAAAUGAUACUGAGGAACCACUGGACAAUCAAUUGAGUGUCUCUAAUGGAAGGAACACGGAAUCAGAAGACAUAGGAAAUAUUUCUCUUGAUGCGGUGUUCAUGGAAAAUGCAACUGAUGAGGUUGAAGAUGCUUCAGACAGUGAUGGUUAUCUUUCAGAGGACUCAGGCUACCCAUAUGAUGUGGAAACUGAGAGUGAUGAAACUCCAGAAGGUGAAAUAGCUAGGAGUACCUUCUCGGCUCAGAAUAAGGAACUUCAAGCUGAUCUGGCCAUUCAAAAGAAAAAGUUAGAUAGACUGAGAAAGAAGGAUCCAGAAUUCAGUAAAUUCUUAGAAAGCUUUAGUAACAGUGCCGAAUCAAUUCAAAAUGAAGACGAGUACUCAGAUGAAGAUGAGUCAAGUGAUCAAGAGGACCAAGGUGAAGAUACCCCAUCCAAAGACAAAAGGAAACUCUUGACCAAUCGUGUCAUAAAUACAUGGUGCCAAAUGAUAAAAGAAGAUCCUAACCAGUCAGCCUUCAUUAGUCUACUAAAUGCUUACCGCACGGUUUCUCACUAUGGGACAGGCUCGAUUGGUCAUAAUAUUGAGGACAGUGAAACCUUUUGCAACAUUCUGGUUUUCACACUCACUAAUGCUGAUGAUGUAUUUCGUGGCCUAACCGAGAUAUCAUCUUCUAAGAACGCCAAAGAGACGUUAUUGAAACUCAAGAAAACAUCAAAAUGGAAAGAUUUGAAACCACUGAUCAAAUCUUACCUGAGAAGUUCACUGUAUCUUUUAAAUCAGGCUACGGACUCGGACAUCUUAGUUUUUGCCAUUACAAGGCUCAGGGCUUCUCUGCUAUUCUUUUUUGCCUUUCCAUCACUGAUCGAUCGACUUAUUAAGGCUGCUGUGCAUUUGUGGGCGACUAGUGGAGCAAUAUUAUCAUCAGCUUCCUUUCUAAUCAUACGGGACAUUGCUGCUAUGUCUAGUUCCAAUUAUUUUGACACCUGCUUAUCUAAAGCUUUUGCAGCCUUCAUCUCAUUUUCUAGAGUAACAGAAAUAUCAGACAUCAGACAAAUGCAACUUAUGAGGGAUUGUGUCGUUGAAUUGUGUUCUAUAGACGUGCAAAAAUCAUCCGUUAAGGCUCUGGCAUCUUUGAGUCAGUUGGCGCAGAUAGUGAGCUGGGGGAUGCAAACAAAAAAGAAGGAAGCUCUCGGCAAGAUAUGCAGCUGGGAAUAUGUGAAUUGCAUUGAUGUGUGGGUUAGGUUCAUAUCGGCCAACAUAAGCGACUAUGAUAUUCAGUCUUUGUUAUUUAUGACGACCCAGAUCAUAAAUGGUGUGGCAUAUAUGUUUCCUGGCCCGAGAUAUUUCCCAUUGAGGCUCAAGUGUGUCGAGUGGCUCAAUUGUCUUGCUAGUUCCAGUGGAAAUUUUAUUCCACUUGCCUCUUUGGUGUUGGAUAUUUUGGAAUAUAAGGUUGGCAAGGAGGGCAAAACCGCUGGGAAUGCCUUUGAUGUUGCAUCACUCUUGAAGUUGCCCAAACAUUAUCUGAAAACAAGAAGCUUCCAAGAUGAAUGCUUUCACUUGGCUGCUGAGCAACUGUCGUCACACUUUGCUCAGUGGAGUUACCACAUCUCGUUCCCUGAUCUAGCAACCAUUCCAUUAGCUCGUUUGAGAAAGAUCCACGAGAUCAUGACUAUUGAAAGCUUGAAACGUACGUUGAAACGUUUUAUUGAUCAGGUGGAGCAAAAUGUGGUCUAUGUUCAGACAAAAAGAGAUGAGGUAUCUUUCUCUCCGCACGAUCACCAAUCCGUGGAUUCGUUUAUGCAGCUCGAAAAGUCUAGCCUUAAUGCCCCAUUUACCCAAUAUUACAAGAGUAUGCUCGACAAGGCUGCUGAAAGAAAGUUUCAUAAAUCUGCAAAUAUAAGUGCGCAAAAGCAGAAGAAAUCGAAAAGAAAAAAAGCAGAGCCUAAACAAAAAGCACAAGGUGUCGAAGAAAAUCAACAAACCGGAGUAAUAGUUGAAAAUGGAACUGCUACAGGUAAUAAACGACGAAAAAGUGAAACCUAA